UUUUUUCCCUUCCUCCCUGGUUAAAAAACGUUUCUUUGGGUGCCACCUCCCCCAAACCCCCAAUUUCCAACUCCUUCCGUGGCGGCACCGCCGUGGCCCGACGGGAUUGGAGCCACCGGAACAAGAUACUUUGCUCGCUGCUCUCCCCCUUCUUCUUCCUCCUCACUACUCCCGCCGGCACAGUCGGGAGCUCACAAUCCAGCAGCCACACCACCGGCGGCGUAGGCGUAGGCGGAGCGGGGGUCGAAAAGUUCAAUCCGACACAAGAUGCCGCCCCCGCGGCGGCCGACCACCGGCGGCACCACAACAUCCGCCGCUCUCCCCCCACCCCGCAAGGUCCCGCUGCGCUCCCUCCUGCGCGCCGCCUCCGUCGCCUGCGGGGUGCAGUUCGGGUGGGCGCUGCAGCUCUCGCUGCUCACGCCCUACGUGCAGGAGCUGGGCAUCCCGCACGCCUUCGCGUCGCUCGUCUGGCUCUGCGGCCCGCUCUCCGGCCUGCUGGUGCAGCCGCUCAUCGGCCACCUCUCCGACCGCAUCGCGCCCGCCGACUCCCCGCUCGGCCGCCGCCGCCCCUUCAUCGCCGCGGGGGCCGCCUCCAUCGCCUUCUCCGUGCUCACCGUCGGCUUCUCGGCCGAUCUGGGGCGGCUGUUCGGGGACAACGUCCGGCCCGGGUCGACCAGGUACGGCGCGAUUAUUGUGUAUAUGAUCGGCUUCUGGCUGCUGGAUGUCGGCAACAACGCCACCCAGGGGCCCUGCAGGGCCUUCCUCGCUGACCUCACCGAGAAUGACCCGAGGAGGACUCGGAUCGCCAACGCCUAUUUCUCGCUCUUCAUGGCCCUGGGGAACAUCCUCGGGUAUGCCACCGGAGCGUACAGCGGCUGGUACAAGAUAUUUCCCUUCACCAUCACCGAGUCAUGUGGCGUCAGCUGUGCCAACCUCAAGUCUGCGUUCCUGCUAGACAUCAUCAUCCUGGCAAUUACGACAUACGUCACCGUGGUAACGGUGCAAGACAACCCGACAUUCGGGAGCGAUGAAGCAGCGCCACGUCCGAGCAGCCACGAAGAGGAGGCUUUCCUCUUCGAGCUCUUUGGGUCAUUCAAGUACUUCACGAUGCCUGUCUGGAUGGUCCUGAUCGUCACUUCCCUCACCUGGAUCGGGUGGUUCCCGUUCAUCCUCUUCGAUACCGACUGGAUGGGCCGGGAAAUCUACCGAGGGAGCCCGGAGAUCGUCGCCGACACCCAGAAGUACCAUGACGGUGUGAGAAUGGGUUCCUUUGGCCUCAUGCUCAAUUCAGUCCUUCUCGGGAUCACGUCGGUCGUGACGGAGAAGCUGUGCAGGAAGUGGGGGGCUGGGCUCGUAUGGGGUGUUUCCAAUAUUGUCAUGGCUCUCUGCUUUGUGGCGAUGCUUGUUAUAACGUACGUGGCGCAGAAUUUGGACUAUGGACCUAGCGGAGCACCUCCGACCGGCAUCGUUGUUGCUUCCCUCACAGUGUUCACGAUUCUGGGAGCACCCUUGUCGAUCACGUACAGUAUACCAUACGCGAUGGCUACGAGCCGUGUUGAGAAUCUUGGGCUUGGCCAGGGUCUAGCAAUGGGUAUUCUCAAUUUAUCUAUCGUCAUACCACAGAUCAUCGUGUCACUGGGCAGUGGGCCAUGGGACUCGCUAUUUGGCGGAGGGAACGCGCCAUCGUUUUGGGUGGCGGCUGCCGCGUCCUUCAUUGGCGGGCUGGUGGCCAUCCUGGGUCUCCCCCGAGCCCGUAUUGCGCCAAAGAAGAGGAGCCAGCGAUGAUGAUCAGAGUACAUUAUUUCAGUGAUCUUAAAGGUGGCACCGAACAUGCAGUGGCGACUAUAUGAUAUGGUAUUUGGUUUUGUGUAAGAACAUGUAUCUGAGUGGGGCGUUUUAAAGCACAGGCGACAUGGAGCCCAUUUUUUGAAAAAAUCAAAAAUGGCACUUGCCUAGAAGUUGGUUAUCAACUUCUCAACUUGUAUUCUUCUUUUUUGUGGGCCAUUUGUGGCAUGCAGGAAGAGCCCGAGCUGUUGCAGCAGGUUUUGAAAAGAGAAUCGAUCGUGAUUUGGAGAACCUUCCGAGAAAUUCAAAAUAAAAAUUCUAGAUGUAGACAAAGUUGUACUCUACCAACGCAACUCAAAAUACCUUGUAUUCUAGGAGGCACAAAUGAUGUAACAUUUCGAACAUGUAAAUUAUGUUACUUCCUCCGACUUAUAUUACUUGUCAAUUGUAUUUGUCAAUUAUAUGGAUGUACCUAGAACUAAAAUAUGUUCAGCACCUAAUAUGAAUUGGAGGGAGUACUUCUGUUA